CGUCACCGAGUUCAUCGCUGCUAAAUCAUCAUCAAAUGGGAGGAGCGCGCAGCCGCCUGGCGUAGAGGUGCGGAGCGCGCUGCAGAUGAAACAUGGCAGGAGACAGCGAGACAAAGCCAGGUGACCAAGCCGAAAAUCAUGACACACACAGUCGGCAGCCCUUCCUCAUCGGUGUGGCCGGAGGAACAGCCAGCGGGAAGUCGUCGGUGUGCAGUAAGAUCAUGGAGCUGCUGGGCCAGAACGAGAUCGACCACCACCAGCGCCAGGUGGCCAUCCUCAGUCAGGACAGCUUCUACAGGGUCCUCACCCCGGAGCAGAAGGCCAAGGCGCUCAAGGGCCAGUUCAACUUCGACCACCCAGAUGCUUUUGACAACGACCUCAUAAUCACAACCCUGUGGGACAUCAAGGAGGGGAAAACGGUCCACAUUCCUGUUUAUGACUUUGUUUCUCACUCCAGGAAAGAGGAGACCGUGACGGUGUACCCCGCUGAUGUGGUGCUGUUUGAGGGCAUCCUGAUGUUCUACUCUCAGGAGAUUCGAGACUUUUUCCAGAUGAAGCUGUUCGUGGACACGGACGCAGACACUCGUCUAUCACGGAGAGUGCUGCGGGACAUCAGUGAACGUGGUCGGGAUUUGGAAAGCAUUAUAGCGCAGUACAUCACCUUUGUCAAGCCUGCGUUUGAGGAGUUCUGUCUGCCCACAAAGAAAUAUGCUGAUGUGAUAAUACCGAGAGGAGUUGACAACAUUGUCGCAAUAAAUCUCAUCGUUCAGCACAUCCAGGACAUCCUGAACGGCGGUCUGACCAAACGGCUGAACGGGUGGUUCGGCGGUUACGGGACGGCGAAGAAGCAGCCGAGCGUGGAGUCAAACACCCGGCCCCACUAAAGCUCACCGGUCCUUCAGGGAGAAAGAGGAAGGUUUGCCCGGACGUGCUGCCCUUCAUCGUUGCUACUGUUAACGAGGUGGCACAACUGCCACGCAGCCAGAAGGUCUCCUUUUUUGGUGCGAGUCUGCUUGGACUGAUUUAAAUGAAAGGAGGCUUUGUGGAGCUGGUUCCCAGCAGAGGUACAAUUUUGUGUUUAGCUUGGAUGAAACUGAAGAGGGAGGAGUUUUAAUUUCACUUCAAACUGCUGCUUGCCUUUAACCAGCACUGAGCUGGAAACUGCAGAAAGAUUCACGCACACUCGACAGCUGCAGUUACUGCAGCGCCGCGACAUGCUCUUCAACAGCAGGGCUCGAAUCCCUUUAUCAGCGUGACCUCGUCAACCUUUAUUUAAGGCCUGUUUAACAAAAAUGAUACUAAAGCUCAGCUGAAACAACCAGUUUAGCCUCGAACACCUGAUGUAUGACAUCACCGCCAAAGAUGGUCUAAAUCUCACUUUAAUGUCGCUGUCGCUCAUUUAAUGUUAACAAAUCAGGAAAACGUGUUAUUUUAUGGAAUUACCACAAAGUAUAAUUUUCCCUUGUAACCCUCAGAUGCACAUGUUUAGGUACAUUUUCAUUACAAAGGACUGAGCUCUAUAAUAUGGAAAUGUUUGAGUUUUCUUUCUGUGUGUGUGAGACUACUCAGGUACUGUUAUUUUCACUUUAAAAGCUUCUAUUAAUGAAGACUCUUCUUCUGUUCUCAGUUCUCUUAUUCUUGAUGUGCCACAUGCUGCUUAGUGCUGUGACCAAGUAUCAGAUACAGUGGAGGGAGAAAAGAUGUAUAGUUACUUUAAUUAUGCAGUCAAGCAAUAAAAAAAUGCUUUAAAGAGCACUUGAAACUAUUUGCUGCAGGUCAAAUGUGAACCCUGAAUUCAGUUUAUUCUCGAUGCUGAGCUGAGGCUUGUGGGUUGAGCCGGUGCUGAACGGUAUGUAGCCGGCCUCGAUGGUGGCUGUCCUCCUUUUCCUUCAGCUGUGGCGCAUUUUCGAGAAGUGUCGGUGAGGCACGAGCAUGUGCUUUAAACGGAGGAGGCAACAAAAUAAAGUUCACUUCUGUCAGAACAACCUGAGUUUGUAGUGUCGUUAAUCAUCGAUGAACUAACGAUGCCACAGAGAAGAACGUG